AACUUCUGUUAAAUUACAAAUUAACAAGUCAAGUGUAAUUGAAAAGUACUAUUAUGAUUAUUGCAUUAAAAAUAUUUUGUGUCAUAUUAGUGGCACUAAGUGUGCUAAUAAUUUGUCAUGCCGAAUCAAAUCCCACUAUUUGUGUUAAUACUUCCUUGGGUGAGAUGAAGGGUACUCAAAUGGAGUCACGAUCAGGCGAUAAAUUUUGGGCAUUUCGGGGUGUACGUUAUGCUGAACCUCCUGUUGGUGAAUUGCGCUUUCAAAAUCCGCAACCUGUAAAAGCCUGGAAACCCGAAGUGUAUGAUGCAACCAAAGAUGGUCCUAUAUGUCCACAAGUAACGGUUAACUUAACCUAUCUAUCUGAGGAUUGUUUGCGUUUAAAUGUCUACACUAAAGAUACGAAAGCAAGAAAGCCCGUUAUAGUGUAUUUGCAUCCAGGAGGAUUUUAUGCCGUUGCUGCUAUUAGCAGUUAUGCUGGGCCUGAAAAUUUCAUGGAUCGUGAUAUAGUAUUAGUUACUUUAAAUUAUCGUUUGGGUACGCUGGGAUUUUUAGCCACUGGAACUACAGAGGCUGCCGGCAAUAUGGGUUUAAAGGAUCAAGUUGUAGCUUUGCGCUGGAUACAGCAACAUAUUGAUAAAUUUGGUGGUGAUCCUAAUUCGGUAACUUUAUGGGGCUAUAGUGCUGGUAGUUUUAGUAUUGGUUUGCAUAUGAUGUCACCGAUGGCAAAAGGUUUAUUUCAUCGAGGUAUUAUGAUGAGUGCCUCUCCACUGGGUCAAUUUAAAUACACAUCAGAUCAAUUAGAUUUGGCAGAAAAACAAGCAAGACUUUUAAACUGUCCAGUUAAACCAAUCAAGGACAUGGUAAAAUGUUUAAAAGCCAAACCCAUGAUGGACUUUGUCAACACCUCAAGAGCCAUGUUUGAGUUUGGAUGGAAUCCCGUCCUAAAUUGGAAGCCAGUAAUAGAAAAUGAUUGUGGUGGAAACCAGGAACGUUACCUAAUUGAGGAUCCUUAUACUACAAUGUCCAAGGGCAAUAUUUAUAAAGUUCCACUAAUAAUCGGCACUACAGAAUACGAAUUUUAUUAUAUAGGUUACUACACUUUACGCAAUGAAACGGAACGUCGAAAUUUUAAUGAAAAUUUUGCCAAAUACUCGCCUAUAUAUUUUCUCUAUGAGCGUGAAACGCCAAAGUCCUUAGAAGCCAGUGCAGCUAUACGUUCAUUUUAUUUCCAAAAUAAAUCGCUGGAAUAUCCACAAUCGUUAAUACCUUUUGGUCAAUUAUAUGGCGAUGGUUUGAUUGGCUUUGAAUAUUUUCGUUUCUUGCAAAUGGUUUCUAAAUAUACGCCUGUCUACACAUAUCUAUUUACCUACAAAGGACGCUAUAGUCAUUUUGUAAAUCCUGAAACUAAUCAGACUCUAGGGGCUAUGCAUCAUGAUGAAUUGUUGUAUUUGUUAAAUGCUCCUUUAUUUACACCUCAGUUAAAGAAAACUGAUCCCGAGAAUGAUACAAUUGAACGUUUAACUAGAUUUUGGUAUGAGUUUGCCAAGAAAAGCGAUCCUAAUAAUGCUUCUGAUGAAUAUUUAAAAGCUGUUAAAUGGCCAUUGUACUCUGAAGAUAAGAAGCAAUAUUUGGAUAUUGGUCAAAAUCUAAAUGUUAAAUCGAAUGGUAUAUUUCCGGAACGUUUUCAGUUGUGGAAUCGCCUAUUCCCCAUAAAUGAAAUGUUAGUUUCUAAUAAUGCACAAUGUAGAAUUUAAAGUAAAUUUUUAAUAAAUACUUCCUAAAUGCAUAUUAA